CCAUGCACAUAAAACCCACCCUCGUUGUUUGCUUGCUACCAGCGAGAACAGGUAAAACAAGCAUCAGACGAAGCGCAAAGAAGCCUCACAUUAACGAGCUAUGUCUCCCGAAUUCCUUGCGACGCCUAUUAUUGAGGAAGCUAUGACUUCUGAUUCUGAAGUCCCUGCGACGCCGGCUCCUGAAGAAGCUCAGGACCCAACUCAAAUCGAAAAGUCAGCUCCGAAGCAAGAAUUUGUAGGCCACGAGGAUUAUGUUUGGGCUUUUGUCUUCUUGCACGACAAUAUCCACAUUGUGAGUGGCUCGUGGGACGGCACGAUGCGCAAGUGGAACUGCGACACGGGACUUCUUGUCGGACAACCAUGGACAGGCAAGGGAGGUUGCAUACAUGCAUUAGCACUUUCACCGGAUGGAAAGACAGUUGCGUGUGGAAGGAUGGACGGAAGCGUUCAGCGGUGGAACACCGACAGUGGAAAGAUGAUUGAAGACGUUUGGACGGGUCAUAGCCGGGAAGUAAGGUCACUGUCGUGGUCACCCAACGGAGACCAUAUUGCAAGUGGGUCCAGAGAUGGGACAAUCCUAAUCCGAAAACUAGACAGCGGACAAACCGAGAUGGGCCCGAUCAAGACGGGGCAGCGUUGGGUGAAUGUUCUUGUGUAUUCACCUUCAGGCGACAAAAUCGCAUCAGGCGGGUUGAAUGAGACGAUCUGCAUUUGGGAUACAAAAACAGGCGAGCUCGUUAUCGGCCCCAUCGAAGAGCUGGGAGCCAGUGUCACGUCGUUGUUGUGGUCGUCGGAAAGCAAAAAAGUUUACGCCGCUUCAGACAAAUUUGUGCGUGUUUUCAAUAGUAACUCAGGUAUCGAACUUCAUCGCUUCGAGCACAACGAUUUGGUGAAUUCUAUCGCGCUUUCACCCAAACACAAUGUACUGGCCUGCGUGGGCCAGCCAGGCGUUGCACAACUAUGGGACACAGAGUCCUAUGAACCAUUACUCCGUCAGCCAUUCAUUGACCGCCAGACUCUUCGCUGCAUAUCAUUCUCUCGAGAUGGGAGAUACCUAGCAAGUAGCGGACUUGACAAGAAACUCGCCCUGUGGGUGGUAAAAGACAUGGUCCCUGAGCUUACAUAGGAAACUCGACCCCAGUCACCAACACCAUCUUGCCUCGAUGUCGAUGUUACAAAUCCUCAAUCAAGGAGCGAUGUGUUCACCGACGACGAGUCGGAUACUUCAUACGGUGAUUGCUUUCAGACUGACCAGCCCUAUCACCCUUCGGCACCAUCUUCAGGACCCUAUCGUCGUUCCCGGAAUCACAACCUAUCCCCCACUCAGCGCUUCUGGAAUACUAUCAC